GGGUGUGGGGGGAACCCCGAGGGCUCCGGGGCGUCCAGGGCGUGCGGUGGAGGGGCCGGUGUGAGCGCGAGUGUGCGCGUCCGGCGUGCGCGGCGGGUACGCGGCUGGGGUAGCGGGUGGUUAGAGGCGAUCGGGCGCAGGGUGGGGGUAUUUUUCUGGGUGCGAGUGUGCGCGUCUGCAAGCUCCCGGGUGUGUGUAUCCGCGCGUCCACGUGGAGAGAUGUUCGCGUGUGGCCGAGAUGCGUGUGCGCGGCCCUGCGUGUAGCUCUGUGUGCCCUGGUGGCCCAGUGUCUGGCGCCCAGCGUCUGGCGCCCAGGUGUUCAAGUGUGGGUCUGUGUGUGUGUUGGGGGGGGCAGGUACACACAUUUCUGGACGUCUGAUAGUCUAUCUGUGUGUACGCGUGUAGAAGUGAACACACCUGUCUCCAGGUGAACGUGCUUUUGCUUGCAUAUCCGCGUGCCUGUGGGUACCUGUGUCCACCUGUGUCCAAGCCCCAUGUGUUUCUGUGUGUGCUUGUGUGUACGUGGAUCAGUAUGCGUGUGAGUACACGUGGGGCUGGGGAUUUAUGGGGGGCAAUACUGGAGGGGCUGAGGCUCAUCCCCCCAACUGUCCCCACUGCCCAGCCACCUGCUGUGGGGUCUAAGGAGGAGAAAAGGGGUGGAAAAGCCCCUUCCCCAGCAGCAGUAAGAGACCGCAUGUCUGUCCUAGGUUGGCGUUGGGACUGGGGGGCAUCAGAGAGGCUCACCUGAUGGCCAGAGGAGCCCAGCAGGGCUGCAUGCCCCUUCCCCCCACCCCCUCCCGGCCCCACCCUAGGUUCAGAGAUACUUGGGAAUGACCUUGAAUCAUCCUCUGUUUCCUUGCCCUGCCCCUGUCCACUUACCAGAAAAGAGGAAGGACCAAGCUCAAUUAGGUGGCACCAUGUUCCCCACCCACUGUGUGGCUGCUGGGGCCUGAGCCAGGCGCUUCACCCUUCCCCACCCUAUGGCCACUCGCUCUGUGCCCACCUUGUGCCUUCGUUGCCCUUUCGGGACAGUGGCGGGGCAAGACUGUGGUUUCCUCGCUGAUGCUCCACGGCUGUGUCUCUGAUAAGGAACUCCUUGGUAAAGACCAGCUCCCAAAAGGGGCUUGGGGAGUCACCCCCUGGAACCCCCUGUGGAGAUGCCCUCCGGCUCUUGGGCUCUUGCUUCCACCUUGCCUGGGCGCGAAGUGGUUAGUUAGUAAUGGCCCCGGGCCCCCGCCUGCCUCCAGUCUGGGCUCUCCAGCAGGUCUCCGCCCGUCCCCAGGUGAGGCCUCACUUCCUCUGUGCCUGGCACCCCACGUUCAUCUCAGCCAGGAUGCCAACGAGGCGCUGGGCCCCAGGCACCCAAUGCAUCACCAAGUGCGAACACACGCGCCCCAAGCCGGGAGAGCUGGCCUUCCACAAGGGCGACGUGGUCACCAUCCUGGAGGCCUGUGAGAGCAAGAGCUGGUACCGUGCCAAGCACCAUGCCAGCGGGCAGGAGGGUCUGCUGGCAGCGGGGGCGCUGCGGGAGCGAGAGGCGCUGUCGGCGGACCCCAAGCUCAGCCUCAUGCCGUGGUUCCACGGGAAGAUCUCCGGCCAGGAGGCUGUGCAGCAGCUGCAGCCGCCCGAGGACGGGCUGUUCCUGGUGCGCGAGUCGGCGCGGCACCCCGGCGACUACGUGCUGUGCGUCAGCUUCGGCCGUGACGUCAUCCACUACCGCGUGCUGCACCGCGACGGCCACCUGACCAUCGACGAGGCCGUGUGCUUCUGCAAUCUCAUGGACAUGGUGGAGCACUACAGCAAGGACAAGGGGGCCAUCUGCACGAAGCUAGUGAAACCCAAGAGGAAGCAGGGCACCAAGUCGGCAGAGGAGGAACUGGCCAAAGCUGGCUGGUUACUGAACCUGCAACAUUUGACGCUGGGCGCGCAGAUUGGAGAGGGUGAAUUUGGAGCGGUCCUGCAGGGCGAGUACCUGGGCCAGAAGGUGGCCGUGAAGAACAUCAAGUGUGAUGUGACAGCCCAGGCCUUCCUGGACGAGACAGCGGUGAUGACGAAGAUGCAGCAUAAGAACCUGGUGCGUCUGCUGGGCGUCAUCCUGCACCAGGGGCUGUACAUCGUCAUGGAGCACGUGAGCAAGGGCAACCUGGUGAACUUUCUGCGCACACGAGGCCGGGCCCUCGUGAGUACCCCCCAGCUCCUGCAGUUUUCCUUGCAUGUCGCCGAGGGCAUGGAGUACCUGGAGAACAAGAAGCUGGUACACCGGGACCUUGCCGCCCGCAACAUCCUCAUUUCCGAGGACCUAGUGGCCAAGGUCAGUGACUUCGGCCUGGCCAAAGCCGAGCGGAAGGGGCUGGACUCAAGCCGGCUGCCCGUCAAGUGGACGGCACCCGAGGCUCUCAAACAUGGGAAGUUCUCCAGCAAGUCAGAUGUCUGGAGCUUCGGGGUGCUUCUGUGGGAGGUGUUCUCAUAUGGCCGGGCUCCAUACCCCAAAAUGUCGCUGAAGGAGGUGUCCGAGGCCGUGGAGAAAGGGUACCGCAUGGAGCCCCCUGAGGGCUGCCCGGGCCCCGUCCAUGCCCUCAUGGGGAGCUGCUGGGAGGCUGAGCCUGCCCGCCGGCCGCCCUUCCGAAAACUGGCAGAGAAGCUGGCCCGGGAGCUGCGCAGCACGGACGCCUCGGCCCCGGUGGGGGGCCAGGACAUGGACAGCUCUCCUUUGCCCCGAGGCCAGGAGCCCUGACCCUGCUCAGGGGGGCCUCGGGCCCCAGAGGAGAGAGUGGAGGGCGCAGGGUGGGGGCACAGGCCAGGCCUGAGGAGGGUCAGGGCCGGUGGGCUGCCCACCUGGCUCACAGCAGGGGCAGGCCCUCUCGGGGGCUCCAGGCAGCCGGUGGACACCACAGACCAGGGAGGCGAGCAUCAGCGCCUCCAUAAAGACUGGUUCCAAGGAC